AUGCUAAAACUCCUUGUGCUGGCGCUUCUAGCCCUAUCUGGAAGUGCUUUCGUGUCUCCGUUGAGAACUUCAGCGACGUCCAACACAGCUCUAUUCAUGAGUGAUUCUGAGGAUUUAAAAACAGGAACCGUCAAAUGGUUCAAUACCAUGAAAGGGUUUGGCUUUAUUUCUCCCACGGACGGAUCAGGAGAUGUUUUUGUGCAUCAGACUGCCAUUAAAUCCCAGGGAUUCCGUAGCUUGGCGGAUGGAGAAGAAGUGGAGUACUUUGAAGAAUUGGACCAGCAGGGCCGAAAGAGGGCAGUCCGAGUCACAGGACCUGACGGCGAGGAUGUCCAGGGAGCGCCGUUUCGCCCAGCCCCAGAAUAUGAUCAGUACUAG